CGCCAAGAAAAAGUUAUUCAUUAGAAUUGCCUUGUCGGCGUGUUUCAUAGAAAUAAAGCCAUGUCAGCUCCUUUAAAGGCCGUGUGUGUUCUGAAAGGUGAUAGUAAUGUCACAGGAACAGUGCAUUUUAACCAAGAGGCACCAGGAUCUCCCGUGACUGUUUCUGGUGAAAUCAGUGGUUUGACACCAGGACAACAUGGAUUUCAUGUUCAUCAAUUUGGAGACAACACAAAUGGCUGUACCAGUGCUGGAGCACACUUUAACCCUUUCAACAAAGACCAUGCUGGCCCAGAUGAUGCAGACAGACAUGUAGGAGAUCUGGGAAAUGUCACCGCUGGCGAGGACGGGGUCGCCAAGAUUAACAUCUCUGAUAAAGUGAUUGAUUUAGCUGGUCCCCAGUCCAUCAUUGGAAGAACAAUGGUGAUCCAUGCUGACGUUGAUGACUUAGGGAGAGGAGGUCAUGAACUCAGCAAGACGACCGGUAAUGCUGGUGGGCGUCUGGCCUGCGGAGUAAUUGGAAUCACCAAGUAGAGGCCGCUCCAGACUCUCAGCUUAUUCCAAUGUGCUGGACUGCAUUGUUAUGAUGUUUUGUAAUGAGUGUCAGCAAUUUUUGAAAAUUACCAUUUGUAGCUGUUAAUCUUGAUUGUGUCGUAUGUUGGUAUUUGGUGCAAGUGUUGCAGACAGAUAUUCAUUGUGUUGAUGCCUUAUGACUCUGACUAAUAACAGAGUCCAUUGUAAGAGAUACAUGUAAUCCUGUGAUUCUGAUAUUGAUAAUGAUUAACAUUUAUUACAAAGAGAGAAUUAUAAAACUUUGUUGUCGUUAGACAUGUAAUAAAUAUAUAGCUAAAAACAA